UUAGAUAACAGAAACACAAUGGUAAAGAAGCAGGUGUUCGAAUUGCUAUCUGCUAUAUGCGUUUACGCAGAAAAAGGUCAUGCCUUGGCUCUCGAUGCUUUAGAAUCUUAUAAGAUUACAAAAAAUCAAAGGUAUAGAUUCAGCUUUCUUCUACAAGAACUGAAAGGUUCGGAAGUUCUGUCAUAUUCAGCCACACUUCUGGGUUUCAUUAACUGUAUUAUUAUUGGAACCAAUGAGUUGAGAAAGCGAAUUAAAAUACGAAAUGAAAUGAUUAGUUUGGGUUUAUUAGAACUAAUAAGUUCUUUGAGGUACGUGGAUGAUGAUGAUGUAUUCAUCCAAUGCCAUGUUUUUGAUACUUCCAAACACGCGGAUGACGAACACGAAGAAAGUCUUGGUAUUAAAUCGACGUCUAGUCAUUACGAUAUCUUUGAAUCUGUUUUAAAAAAGGUGCAAGAUACUCCACAUUAUUUUUCAUUUCUUAUUCUAUUACAAAAUUUGGAUAAUUUAGAUCCAAAAUAUGAAGAAAGUGAUGAAGCAUGGAAUCUUUUAGAAUCGAUCUCCAGCAAUUACGUAAAAAAGAUGGAACAUUUCGGUAGCAAACACAUUCAAAAUUCUUGUAUGGAAUCUUAUCUUGCUGAUCUUGACACCGAUGUGGAAAGUAUAAUGUCUGAAGAUUCUGGUCAUCCGAUAUCCAGAUCCGAAUCUAUCAACAGUCAUUACAAUGUUGAAAACAAUGAAAGAUUACCCGUCGUCUCAGAAAAUAGUUACAUAAGAAAGAAAAGAGCGUGUCUGAAUUUUAUUAACACACUUUCUUCCUCGAAAGAAUCUAGUGAAAAAGAAUGUGACAACCCGAGUCUUGAUGCCUCAUCAGUUACAGAUGUUGAAUCACUUUCAGAAAAUUUGUUACCGUUCUCUCAUCAUGAAUCGGAAUCUUCUGAAACCUUUCACUCACUUCCUCCUAUUUCUCUUUCUACUCCAUCAUUACCACCACCACCACCACCACCACCACCACCUCCUCCUCCUCCUGGUCUUAUUCCUCCCCCUCCACCACCUCCUCCUCUUCCUGGUCUUCCUCUCCCUCCGCCGCCACCACCCCCACCACCCCCUCCACCUUUACCAAAUUUUGAAAAAUGUAUAUCAUCAUCAUCAUCACCUUCUUUUUCGUGUCAUUCUGCAUCUGGAUCUUCAGAACAGUUUUCUCAUCAAGGAAAUUUAAUUCAAUCAACUACCGGAAAUUAUACUCUCCAAUCACUUCCUGCUUAUUUACAACCAGGUUCUUCUCAUACAUUCCCAAAACCGAAUAAAAAAAUGAAGAUCUUGAAUUGGUCCAAAAUUCCAUCAGCUAACGUCAUUGGGCAAUCAAUAUGGAAUGAACUAUAUCAGGAAUCAAGCAAUGUUCAUCUUAACUUUGAACAAGUAGAAGAAUUGUUUUGUCAAAAGUCGACAAGUAAACCUUUGAUUAAUGAGAAAAAGAAGUUAAAUAAAAACGCUUCUGAGGUAAAUUUGCUAGAUCCAAAAAGAAGUCUGAACAUUAAUAUAUUUUUGAAGCAAUUCAAAGGAGGAGAAAAACAACUGGUGGAAUUGAUUCAAAAUUGUCAAUCUACAAAAAUAGGAUCUGAGAGAUUGAGAACAUUGAUUAAAAUUUUGCCCGCCUGCAAUGAAUUGAUUUCUGUGAAAGAAUACAACGGUGACAAAACCAGAUUGGGAAUAGCAGAGAAAUUUUAUUUACUUCUAUCCGAAGUGAAAGCCUACAAAACAAGAAUUCAAGGAAUGAUACAAAUAGAAGAAUUUCAACCAAGUGUGGACGUUCUCAAACCUCAAAUAAAGCAUUACCUAGAAACUUGCGAGACGAUUCUCAACAACAAAUCUCUUAAAGAUUUCUUUAAAAUCAUUUUGGUUACCGGAAACUUCUUAAAUUCCGGAAGUUACGCUGGAAAUGCUUUUGGAUUUCGAUUGAAUACUUUGGGGAAAUUAAUGGAAACGAGAGCCAACAAACCACGAAUGACAUUGUUGCAUUAUUUAGUGGAUGUUGCUGAGAAAGAAGAUCAGGAGAUGCUGAAUUUCACAAACGAUCUUCAGUUUUUGUCAGAAUGUUCCAAAUUAUCGGUAGAAGGAUUAACAAUUGAAGUAAAACAGUUGAAAUCAGGAUUAGAAGAACUCGACACUCAAAUUCAGAAAAACGAUCCCAGUUUAAACGAAUACUUCGGCGAUUUUAUUAAGAAAGCUAGAGAACAAGUGAAUGAACUUCAAAGCGGUAUCGAGGAAAUUGGACGUUAUUCAAUUCGUUUGGCUCAACAUUUUUGCGAGAACGAAUCGAGAUUUAAAGUGGAAGAUUGUCUCAGCAUUUUUAAUAAUUUCUGCCAGAAAAUCGAAACUGCAAAAAAAGAAAAUGAAGAUCGAAGACGACAGGAAGCGAGAACGGAGAGAUUGAAGAAGGAGCGAAAAGAUGAUCCGAAAAUUAAGAAAGAUUGUAGUAUCCAAGAAGAAAAAGCCAAAGAUGAAUCUGCAAAGAAAAAAGGAAGAAGAGAUUACAAGUCUCAGUCUCAUCCAUUCAGUGGACUAUUUCGUUUUCGAGAAUUUUUCAGAAAAUAAAUUCACGUCGAAGACAUUCGUCUUGGGGUGCCAAAGAAGAAUGUCUGAUAGAUAUGCUCCUUGCCGAUAUUCGCAAAGGAGAUUUUUCAGUCAUGCAAGGAUAAAAUGUUUUCUCC